CGCCCUAAAACUUAAACUAAAUAAUAUCGUAUAUUUAUAUUAUUUCCCUUCUCACUCUCUUCUAAGAGCUUCUGUGUUGAAAAAAUUUCAUACCCUCACCGAGACUGAGAGUGAGAGUGUCAACCUCAAAAAUCUUCAAAUCCCCAAUUUCUGAGUUUUAGGGUUAGGGUUUGUCAUUUCAAUUUCAACAAGAUGGGUUCUUACGGAAUGCAAUCAAUGUUGAAGGAAGGUCACAAACACCUUUCUGGUCUCGACGAAGCUGUUCUCAAGAACAUCGAUGCUUGCAAACAACUUUCUACCAUUACUCGAACUUCUCUUGGCCCAAAUGGUAUGAAUAAGAUGGUUAUAAAUCAUUUGGACAAGCUUUUUGUCACAAAUGAUGCUGCGACGAUUGUGAAUGAACUUGAAGUUCAGCAUCCUGCUGCCAAGAUUUUGGUUUUGGCUAGUAAGGCUCAACAGGAGGAAAUUGGGGAUGGAGCAAAUUUGGUUAUUUCUUUUGCUGGGCAGCUUUUGCAAGGCGCGGAGGAACUUAUUAGGAUGGGCUUGCAUCCGAGUGAGAUCAUUAGUGGAUAUGCAAAAGCAAUCAAUAAGACAGUUGAAAUAUUAGAUGAGCUGGUGGAGGCAGGCUCAGAAAGUAUGGAUGUGCGUGAUAAGGAACAAGUUAUUUCUCGAAUGAGAGCAGCAGUUGCUAGCAAGCAAUUUGGUCAAGAGGAUACCCUAUGCUCACUUAUUGCUGAUGCGUGCAUCCAAGUUUGCCCCCCAAACCCUGCAAACUUUAACGUGGACAAUGUUCGUGUUGCAAAGCUCUUGGGAGGGGGAUUGCAUAACAGUGCUGUUGUUCCUGGAAUGGUUUUGAGAAAUGAUGCUGUCGGAACUAUAAAGCAUAUUGAAAAGGCAAAGGUUGCUGUGUUUGUUGGUGGUGUUGAUACCUCUGCAACUGAAACUAAAGGAACUGUCCUCAUACAUUCAGCCGAGCAGCUAGAAAACUAUUCAAAAACUGAAGAAGCUAAAGUAGAGGAGCUUAUCAAGGCAGUAGCGGACUCUGGUGCCAAAGUGAUUGUCAGUGGUGCAGCCGUAGGAGAGAUGGCUUUGCAUUUUUGUGAACGUUACAAGCUUAUGGUUCUGAAAAUCAGUUCAAAGUUUGAAUUACGUCGUUUUUGCCGAACAACUGGUGCUGUCGCGAAGCUGAAACUUAGCCAACCAAACCCAGAUGAUCUUGGACAUGUUGAUUCUGUUUCAGUCGAGGAAAUUGGUGGUGCCAGGGUAACCAUUGUGAAAAAUGAAGUUGAAGGAAAUUCUGUAUCCACUGUUGUUUUACGAGGAAGUACCGAUAGUAUCCUAGAUGAUCUUGAAAGAGCAGUUGAUGAUGGAGUCAACACUUACAAGGCCAUGUGCAGGGAUAGCCGCAUUGUGCCUGGAGCCGCUGCAACUGAAAUUGAGUUAGCUAAAAGGGUGAAAGACUUUUCCUUCAAGGAAACAGGAUUGGAUCAGUAUGCUAUAGCGAAAUUCGCUGAAAGCUUUGAAAUGAUUCCAAGAACUUUGGCCGAGAAUGCUGGGCUAAAUGCAAUGGAGAUUAUAUCUUCUCUUUAUGCAGAACAUGCAUCUGGAAAUACCAAAGUUGGCAUUGAUUUGGAACCAGGCGUUUGUAAGGAUGUCUCAACCAUGAGGGUCUGGGAUCUCCAUGUGACAAAGUUAUUUGCUCUUAAAUAUGCCGCAGAUGCCGCAUGCACCGUUCUACGAGUCGAUCAGAUUAUAAUGUCAAAACCUGCUGGUGGUCCAAGGAGAAAUCAACCUGCUCCUGGCAUGGAUGAAGACUAAUUGAUUGUUUCCUUGCAUUAACAAAUCAGCUUAAGAAAUUUUGAAUUUUAAAUUUAAAGAGAUUAUAGUCUAAAUUUAAUUUCAUUCCUCUUUUUUAGUAGUGUUCAGUUCUAUCAUUUCCUUGGUUUUUUUGCUAUGUAUACAGCUUUUGUUUGGGAAUAUUGUAGAGUGUAGUUGACUAUUAUUUUGAAUAGAAACAAAAAAAGUUCAUGUUUGAUGAGCUGAUUAAUUUUAUAUCAUUAUAUUUAA